AUGGCGUCUGCAGUCCUACACAGAGGGAAGAUAUUUCAAAACUAUUUUAAGGUAAGUAACAAAAAUGUCUGGAUAAUUACUCUGGUUAAAAUCCGCAUAGCUGUUCACAGAUGAUGGAUUUUUGUUCAUUUUUAAGUGUAAUGCAAGCCCAUCUCGGGCUCUCUAUUUCUACAUUUACAAUGUGUUGUGUGCCCUGCUAAAUCUCCUUUUUGUACAAUUAACACUUGUUGCAUGUCCUGCUGGGUUUCCCUUGACCAUUACAAUGUGCCACAUACACAGCUAGGUCUUAAAUCUCUACAAAUAUUCAUCUUGCUUAUAAGAUAUUUUACCAGGAAGGAUACAUUGAGUUUUUUUUAUUUUUAUUUUUUAAACCAAAAUUUGCCUUAGAAAUGAAAAUGUGGUGUUGCAAUUCAAAUGGCACCAUACAGGCUAAAACAACUCAUCUGGAAAAUUUAUGCUAUAGCCCCAUAUUAGGAAUUUGAACCUGUAUUUUCCAUUUAAAUUUCAGUUUUGUACAAUUCAUUAAUCAGUCUAUUUACUUCCUUUAUGCAGUUCCCUAAUAUAAAAAAUAAACCAAAAACCGCUCGAGAUCACUAGCUUUUUGUGACAAAUGUUUGUGUCAAAGGCACAUAAAUAAUAUCUUGCGCUAAAAGGAUAGUGUAAAUUCGGAGUCAGCACCAGGACAUUUAUUUUAUGCUUCUCAACAGAAGCCAAUAAACGUAAAUCACAACUGAUGCCUAGGAAAGUGGCUCCUAUCAAUCAUGGGCAGACCUGGUUAUGUAUGUCCUAGUAGAAAUCAUGAGUGAGUGUGUGUCGAUUAUGAAUGUAGCAUUUUAUGGCAUCAGGAAUUGCAGGGGAAAAUCUCUCUGGCAUCCCAGCUGUUCAAUAAAAAUAUUUUACUUAAAAAAAAAAAAAAAAUGUCUAAUAACAAGAUAUAUAUUUGUGAUGUGUGUCUUUGGGGACAAAAUGUUAUUGAAUGGUUUAAUAUGCAUCCAUAUGCCACCCUUACCUUUUGCUUUUUGGUUUAUAAUGUUUCCAGAAUUCCCCAUGUUCCAUAAUACACGCUUCACGGUUUCGUGUGUGUGUAAAAAUAUUUAUAUACACUCAUUAACUUCAUAUAUUAAGUCAGACUUUGAGAAAUUUUGCCAGGAUAUGAAUUAAAAUAAGUAGCUGAAGCACAAUAGUAAAUUUAUAUCAAUAUGAAGUUUUAUGUUUUUGCGCUCACCACAGUUGUAACACACAUUGGCACACACUGUGUUUGUUUGAUACUUCACACAAUGCAAUAAAAUAGUAUAUUUCAUGGUAUCACAAACCCUGCUAGGAUUCAUAUACUUUAUGGCCUGCCUAAGAUUAAUGGGAGUCGGCCAAUUGAGGGCUACUGAUGACAUGAAUAAACCCAUAAAUAAUUUAUGGUGCCUGCAAAAGCCCUUGGUGGCAUUGUUUAAACACAACACAUGCUUUACUACAAUGUGCUGUUUAAAUAAUACCAUAAGUAAUGCCUGGUAAGAUUGCAAAAUAGCUAUGGUCAUCAUUCGUAUAUAAUCGUUCAUUGCCAGCGGACCAGUAAAAUAUUGCACUGUAUCACUCAUUUGGCUCCAAGACGUAUAUUUAGUCAAUUGGUUUCACACUUAUUUCACGGUUAUAUACCACUUACAAGUAGUGACUGGAGCAAGGCAAUAAAUAACGUGUUUUUUGCUUCCAUCUCUCUGUGUCUGUGUUUUGAGCAGCAAGAGAGAAAACAAGCAAGCAAAACAAAAGAUAAUGUGUUGUACAAUUAAACUGAAAUGUAAAUUUUUUUUAUUUAUUUUUUUACAUUUUUAUUUUUUUUAUCCAUUUGAAUUUGUAAUCCAUGCAUUAACUCAGAAUAUAAACUGAUACGUGACUACUAAUGUUAGUAGUCAUAGGGCUAGCAAAACAAUGUUGUGUUUUACUUUUCUAUCAGGCGGGAUCUAAACAAUAGUGUAGUGCCAUUGCCAGGCCAUUGUAUAGCUGCUACAACUUUUCAUCUUUUAUCAUUGAAAUGCGGUGAAUACCUGCUUAAGAAUACUGGAAUUUCAAUAACAGUUGGCUUUCUAUCUCUACAAAGUAUGGGCUGCUAUUUGUGGGGGAAGUAGCCAUUAACAUGAAUGCAGAUUGUUAGCAUUAUAACAGGUAUGUUUGUUUGACUUUACACAAAUCUAAAUUCUGCUGAUUUUAUGCUAUAUGCUUAGUAAGUUAUUUUGCUUGUCUUAUUUUAGGAUACAAGCCCCAGGUCAUCUCCAGACCGAGGAUCAUUUACAACCCUCAUUUCUGUAGACUCUUGGCCUUCUACUCCAUCCAGACCAAACCAGCAAGAGUACUCCUAUCUCUCAUCUGACACUGCUGAAGAAUCUGCUGCCAUGUUUCAGCUCUGGAGCAAUGAGAUAGCUGCAAACCCAGGCAUGGGUUCUCACAAUGUGACAUUUGGAGUUCCUAAAGUGCAAUAUUCUGGCCACAUGCAAGCUAUAGGUUCCAAUGAGCUCCCACUAACUCCUCCAGCGGAUCCAACUGUUUAUUCUUUUGAUUUGUCCCCCGUUAAGGUGCUGGCUCCACAGAUGGGGUCUAAUACUGCAUACCAUUUUCAGGACCCAAAUACUGUGGCUCAGGAAUUCUCAGGGUUUAUGCAAGGUCCAGCAACCUUUACACAAAGGCACUUGACCUCUGCACACAUGGAAGACCAGACAUGGUGGAGUUUACAGCAGGCAAAUCCUAAUAACAUUCAUUCCUUCCAUUUGGCAAGUCCAUUGGUCGUAGGGCCACAACCCCAGCUUGCAGCACUUCUCCAGAGCACCUCGAAAACACUACUAGGACCAACCAGGCGCUGUAGAAGAUGUAAGUGCCCAAAUUGCCAGGAUGGCUCUAACCAUGAAGAACCUGGGCAAAAGAAGCUUCAUGUUUGCCAUCUUCCUGGCUGUGGGAAGGUCUAUGGAAAGACCUCUCACCUGAAAGCCCACUUGCGUUGGCAUGCUGGGGAGAGACCUUUUGUUUGCAACUGGGUUUUCUGUGGAAAGAGUUUCACCAGGUCUGAUGAAUUACAAAGGCAUCUACGAACGCAUACAGGAGAGAAGCGUUUUGGCUGCCAAGAAUGUGGGAAGAGGUUUAUGAGGAGUGACCACCUUUCAAAACAUACCAAAACUCACCAGAACAAAAAACUGAAAUGUCCAGCACCUUCCCUAGAAAACAUUAAACAAGAGUAAACUUGCUUCAAAAUAUACACUUCAAACCUUGACUUUUCAAGCAGAGCUAAACUCUAAUGAACACUUUAAUUUGGUUAUUUAUAAAAUAUAAUAAGUUG